AUGGGCGGAUUAGCUGAUAUCGUUCAUCAAGAUGGUCACAACGUGACUAUGUUUUUAUUGCAAAAUGAUCCUGAUGUUGAUAUAAACGGAACAAAAUAUGUAAAAAAUAUAAUCAAGUUCGAAUCGCCGUUAGUCGAAGAUUCGGAGUGGUCGUAUUUCAAUUUUAAACAAACCGAUAUUUUCUACACAAAAACAAUUGAUAUGGGUGAUUUUUUCCGCAUGCAAAGUGUAAAUUCGCGGUUGUGUCAAACACUAAUAAACGAUUCAACUCUUCUUGAUUAUCUGAGAAACCAAAGUUUCCAUUUAGCGAUUGUAGAAUUCGUGCACUUUUGUCCAGUAGCAGUUUUAGAACAUAUCGGAGUUGACAAAGUGAUUUUAGCGACUGCACUUGGAUUGACACAUGCACACUAUGAGCUACUUGAUCUCCAAAUGCCCUUGAGCUAUGUUCCAGUCCAAAUGACGCAUAUGGGAAGUAUAAUGACAUUUUUUGGAAGAAUUUAUAAUGUUGGGUUUUACUUAGCCACAUUCUUCGAAGGUUUUCAAAGUUUUCCGGAAUACACCUUUAUAUGGAAAACUACACGAAUGAACAGUUCCUCGUUUGGAAACAUUUACUAUAGAAAUUGGGUGCCGCAGGUUGAUCUCUUAGCCGAUAGUCGAGUUAAAGCAUUCAUCACACACAGCGGGAUGAAUUCGGUGCAAGAAGCUCUUCUGUUCGGUGUCCCUUUAAUAACUAUCCCAAUUUUUGCCGAUCAGGAUUCGAAUGCCGUCAUCGCUCAAGAGAGAGGUUAUGCUUAUGGUCUUGACAAGUUCACAGUAACUAAGAAAAAAGUUGUGGCAGCCAUUCGAGCAGUAUUGGGUAAAAACGGUCAAAUCAGUUCCUACACACAAAAAGCUCACGAAGCUGCCAGAAUCUUGAACGGAAGUCAAGACAGGAUGAGCAAAGAAAUUCAGAGACUCGUUCGGAUAUCAGGCACAACACGACAACUGGCGCAUCUCCGACUCAAUACGCAACACCUCAAUCUUCUACAGUACUACAAUCUCGAUGUCUACGCAUUUCUUCUCGUUGUGACACUUACCGUAAUCUAUGCGGCUCCAAAAUUGUUGCGAAUGGAAUUUGUUAGGAUACGAGUGAUAAUGAAAAAGAAAACCGUGUGA